CAAUUCAGUUUGACACUUUAUGUAGAUAACCUCAUAUUUCUCCGGUGUCUAAAAAAACACGCUUUUGUAUAUACGUGUAAAGAAAUCUCAUACAUAGUGUGUAAAUAAUAGUUUGUAGCUAAAUAAGUGAUUAAACGUUAACAAUAUGGUAGUGUCAGAAGAGCAACCAGCAGCCAUUGAGGGUGACGCAGCAUCUAAAAAGGCGGCAAAGAAAGCCGCCAAGGCAGCAGAGAAGCAACAGAAGAAAGCUGAGCAUAAGGCAGCAUCAGGCCAAUCCCAGAAACAAGCCGAUGCACCCGAAGUCGACGUCUCCGAAGGUCGUUACGGAGUUCUGAAGCUGAUCCAGUCCACCGGAGAGAACAGGGACCGAGUGUACACCGACGUCAAGGAUCUGGGCGUCAAGCUCAACGGGCAGAACGUGUGGGUGCGAGCCCGCCUGCAGACGUCCCGCGCUAAAGGCAAGCAAUGCUUCGCGGUCCUGCGCCAGAGCUCCAGCACGGUCCAGCUGCUCAUCAACGUGAGUGAGGAGAAGCAAGUCAGCAAGCAGAUGGUCAAGUUUACUGGCAACAUAACCAAAGAAUCGAUCAUCGACGUGUACGCGACGGUCGUGAAGACCGCCUCCCCCAUAGAGUCGUGCACCGUCCGCGACGUGGAGCUGGCGGCGGCGCGGCUGUGGCUGGUGUCGGCGGCGCGCGCGCAGCUGCCGCUGCUCGUGGAGGACGCCGCCCGCCCGGAGAAGAACGAUGACCCAGAAGCUCUGAAGAUCCGCGUCCACCAGGACACACGCCUGGACAACCGUAUCCUGGACCUGCGAACUCCCGCCAACCAAGCUAUCUUCAGGAUUGAAGCUGGAGUCUGCAGGCUGUUCAGAGAGAUCCUUACUAAUAAAGGUUUCGUAGAGAUCCACACUCCUAAGAUAAUAUCAGCCGCGUCUGAAGGCGGCGCCAACGUGUUCACAGUGUCGUACUUCAAGAGCUCUGCCUACCUCGCGCAGAGCCCGCAGUUAUACAAGCAGAUGGCCAUCGCGGCUGACUUUGAUAAGGUGUUCACAGUGGGCGCGGUGUUCCGCGCGGAGGACUCCAACACGCACCGCCACCUCACGGAGUUCGUGGGGCUCGACCUCGAGAUGUCCUUCAAGCAGCACUACCACGAGGUCCUCUACACCAUCGCCGACAGCCUCACCGAGAUGUUCAAAGGACUCAGAGACCAGUUUGCAGCGGAGAUAGAGGCAGUUGGGCAACAGUUCCGCGUGGAGCCCUUCAAGUACUUGGAGCCCCCACUCAGGCUGGAGUUCCCACAGGCCAUACAGAUGCUCAAGGAAGCUGGAGUAACAGUCGGCGAGGAGGAUGACCUGUCGACUCCUGACGAGAAGUUGCUGGGCAGGCUGGUGAGGGCCAAGUACGACACCGACUUCUAUAUCCUGGACAAGUACCCACUGGCGGUGCGGCCCUUCUACACCAUGCCCGACCCCAACAACCCGAAAGUAUCGAAUUCCUACGACAUGUUUAUGCGAGGCGAGGAGAUAUUGAGCGGCGCCCAGCGGAUACACGACCCUGAGUUCCUCACAGAGAGAGCCAAACACCAUGGGAUUGAUGUCAGCAAAAUAGCCGCGUACAUCGAAUCUUUCAGACUGGGUUGCCCUCCACACGCAGGCGGCGGGAUAGGCAUGGAGCGUGUAGUGAUGCUGUACCUGGGUCUAGACAACAUCCGCAAGACGUCCAUGUUCCCGCGAGACCCCAAACGCGUCACGCCCUGAUCAUGUACCGACAGACGUGUAGUGAUGCUGUACCUGGGUCUAGACAACAUCCGCAAGACGUCCAUGUUCCCGCGAGACCCCAAACGCGUCACGCCCUGAUCAUGUACCGACAGACGUGUACAUACUUAUCAUAAUAAAUGUAAUCUGUUUGUA